AAACGACAACACUGGCAGUAGCUCACCGUAGCUCUGCAGUCGACAGUCUUCUCCAACCAAGAGUCCAACAACUCGGAUUUUGGUAAAAGUAAAAACUUUUUGUCGCUAUGGCUUUAACAAAGUUGAGCCUAUUUACAAGACCGAACCUCAGUGUACAGUCACUGAGCAUUGUCUCUACUCGAUUUAAUACCACUACUGCUGCUCCUCCUGCCAAGACAAAGUUUGGACCUCUUAAAGAUGAAGACCGCAUUUUCACCAAUCUUUAUGGUCGACAUGACUGGAGGCUGUCAGGUGCCAUGAAAAGAGGAGACUGGUACAAGACAAAGGAAAUUUUGUUGAAGGGAGUUGAUUGGAUUCUCAAUGAAGUAAAGAAAUCAGGCCUACGUGGACGUGGUGGUGCUGGAUUUCCCAGUGGCAUGAAGUGGAGUUUCAUGAACAAGCCUUCAGACGGCCGGCCUCGCUAUCUUGUGGUUAACGCCGACGAAGGCGAGCCAGGCACUUGCAAAGAUCGUGAGAUUAUGCGCCACGAUCCUCACAAGCUCAUCGAAGGAUGUCUCAUUGCCGGUCGAGCAAUGGGAGCCCGCGCUGCCUACAUCUACAUUCGAGGAGAGUUUUACAACGAAGGAACCAACGUUCAGGUGGCAAUCCAUGAGGCAUACAAACAAGGAUUAAUCGGCAAAAAUGCCUGCGGAUCCGGUUACGAUUUCGAUGUUUUUGUUCACCGCGGCGCAGGUGCUUACAUUUGCGGCGAGGAGACUGCUUUGAUCGAGUCCAUUGAAGGCAAGCAAGGUAAACCACGUCUGAAGCCCCCUUUCCCAGCUGAUAUUGGCGUUUUCGGCUGCCCAACUACCGUCGCUAACGUAGAGACCGUUGCAGUCGCCCCGACGAUCUGCCGUCGUGGAGGUGAUUGGUUUGUGGGUUUCGGUCGCCCCAGAAAUUCUGGUACGAAGCUUUUCAACAUCUCGGGUCAUGUCAACAACCCGUGUACUGUCGAGGAGGAAAUGUCUAUUCCGCUGAGAGAGUUGAUCGAGCGACAUGCUCGGGGAGUGGUUGGCGGAUGGGACAACUUAUUGGCUGUAAUCCCCGGAGGCAGUUCCACCCCGAUGAUUCCGCGCAAAGUUUGUGAUGAUGUUCUAAUGGAUUUUGACGCCCUGGUCGCUGCACAAACUGGUUUAGGCACAGCUGCCUUAAUUGUAAUGAACAAGCAGACUGACGUCAUCCGAGCCAUCGCUCGUCUUAUUGAAUUCUACAAACAUGAAUCUUGUGGACAGUGCACUCCAUGCCGCGAAGGCACCGGAUGGAUGAAUAAAAUCAUGUAUCGAUUUGUUGAGGGUAACGCCAAACCAGAAGAAAUUGAUAUGCUGUGGGAACUUAGCAAGCAAAUUGAAGGUCACACUAUUUGCGCUUUGGGAGACGGUGCUGCCUGGCCCGUGCAAGGUCUGAUCCGACACUUCCGCCCCGAGAUCGAAGAUCGCAUGAAACGUUUUGCCGAACGCCAGCAAUGCCAAAAGGUUGCUGCUUGAAUAUUGUAAAGAUGAUGGAGAAGUAGAAGCUGUUUAGAAAACUACAGGUUCAUAUAUACUGAUCGUCGGCCAUUUGGUUCAGCCGUCUGUGUAUAUCUUGACUGACUAAAAAUACCCGUCAGUGUACAUGUCAAUUCGAGGAAGAUACAUAUAACUAAAGGAAAUCUAAA